UACCCGACAGAAUCCUACACCUUUUCUCUCUCUCUCUCUCUCUAUCGAUCAAGUAAAUAGUAAAUACUUUGUUUCUCGAGUCUAUAUAAAAUCCAAUGGCGACGGUGCCAGCAGUGGCCGCGAAUGGAGUGAAGAUAGGGAUGGCAUCACAGGCAUACCUGGAAAGCAAGGCGGUGAAGGACGCGAGGGUUUUGAUCUCAGACCUCUGCCGCCAGUUCUACACUCUUGGAUGGGUCUCGGGGACUGGUGGCAGCAUCACCAUCAAAGUCCAUGAUGAUUCCAUCCCUAAGCCCCACCAGCUCAUCGUCAUGUCCCCCUCAGGUGUUCAGAAGGAGAGAAUGGUGCCAGAGGAUAUGUAUGUGUUAUCUCCAGAUGGGUCUAUCUUGUCGCAGCCAUCUCCUAAACCAUAUCCACAUAAGCCUCCUAAAUGUUCUGAUUGUGGUCCUCUUUUCUUGAAGGCAUAUGAGAUGUGUAAUGCUGGAGCUGUUAUCCACAGUCAUGGAAUUGAAUCUUGUCUUGUAACAAUGAUUAAUCCAUUAUCAAAAGAGUUUCGAAUCACUCACAUGGAAAUGAUAAAAGGAAUCAAAGGGCAUGGUUACUAUGAUGAACUUGUGGUCCCAAUAAUAGAGAACACUGCUUAUGAAUUUGAGCUCACAGAAUCUCUUGCUAAAGCUAUUGAAGCCUACCCCAAAACAACAGCUGUUCUUGUUCGUAAUCAUGGCAUAUAUAUAUGGGGAGAUUCAUGGAUCAGUGCAAAAACUCAGGCAGAAUGUUAUCAUUAUCUUUUUGAUGCUGCUAUCAAGCUUCAUCAACUGGGGUUGGACUGGUCUACUCCAAACCAUGGCCCCAUUCGGAAUGUUAAAGGAUAUUUAGGGAAUGGUGCAUCUGCAAGCAUACCUGUGAAAGCAGUGGCUGAUGAAACUCAUGGAAUUGAGCCAUUGCGACAUUGCAUUGUUCUUGACAUCGAAGGGACUACAACUCCUAUAUCCUUUGUUUCUGAUGUUCUGUUUCCAUAUGCUCGUGACAAUGUUGGGAGGCAUCUAUCUGCAACAUAUGAUACUGCAGAAACCCAAGAUGAUAUUAAAUUGUUGCGCUCCCAAGUACAGGAUGACCUGGACAAAGGUGUUGUGGGUGCUGUGCCCAUUCCCUCUGAUAAUGCAGGGAAAGAAGAGGUGGUUGCUGCUUUGGUUGCUAAUGUGGAAGCAAUGAUAAGAGCUGACAGGAAGACCACUGCCUUGAAACAACUACAAGGUCGUAUAUGGCGUACGGGAUUUGAGAAUGGUGAAUUGGAGGGAGUAGUUUUUGAGGAUGUGCCACAAGCUUUGGAGAAGUGGCUUGCUUUAGGCAUAAAGGUCUUCUACGUUCAUUUCCCCUCACCGCACUUUCUUGUUUUCUUCUUCCCUUUUCAUGUGUAUAUAUACUCCAGCGGUAGCAGGUUGGCACAAAGGCUCCUAUUUGGAAAUACUAGCUACGGAGAUCUAAGAAAGUAUCUGUCUGGAUUUUUUGACACCGCAGUGGGAAAUAAAAAGGAAACACACAGUUAUGUUGAAAUCUCAGAAUCCAUUGGAGUGGAUAAGCCAUCAGAGAUUCUAUUUAUUACAGAUGUUUAUCAAGAAGCUGUAGCUGCAAAGGCGGCAGGUUUGGAGGUGAUGGUUUCCAUCCGGCCAGGAAACGGACCUCUUCCAGAGAAUCAUGGAUUCAAAACAAUCAAAUCAUUCUCAGGAAUCUGAAAGCAGACUUGUGGUUCUGUAAUCAUAUGAAAUGUGACGAUUACCAUGUAUUUCAAGUCUAUACAUAAAUUGCUCGUUCUUGUUCUAUAUAGAUAUAUAUAUAUAAAUAAAGGAGGCAAUGUUUCUGUGC